CCUGAGCUGCCUUCAACAUGAGUAAGAAAGGGUUUGGGAGCUAUGGCAGCAUCUCUGCCGCGGGUGGAGCCAGCGGAAGCAAUGACCGACCGUCUCAGGGCGGCGGCACAGCUCCUGCUGCUAAGCCCUCAAGAUCCAGGGCCCGAAUCCAGGACAUUAUACCUUGUUGUGUAAACCAGCUGCUCACCUCCACUCUGGCUGAUGAUGUCUUCACGAUUAGGGGAAUUGAAGUUUCCCGGGUCUCUAUCGUGGGGAUAAUCCGACAGGCAGAGCCGGCUCCAAACUACGUUCUUUACAGAAUUGAUGAUAUGACCACCAAGCCUAUUGAGGUCCGCCAGUGGGUCGGCAGAGAUAAAGCAAAGCAGGGGAUGACUCCGCUGCCAGUGGGAGUAUACGCCAAAGUGUUCGGUAUCCUCAAAUGUUCUACGGGGGUGAAGAGCCUUGAGGUAUUGAAAAUCCGCGUCCUGGAGGACAUGAACGAGUUCACCGCACAUAUUCUGGAAACGGUCAACGCGCACAUGAUGCUGGAUAAAGCCCGCCGAGCGGCCUCUGGGCAAAAUGCACCUGUUGCCCCACCGGAAGUUGAUGAGGCUCAGGAGUACGGCGAGUACUGCCCUGACUUCAUCUCGAAGGAGGUGCUGCGUUUGAUUCAUGAGUGUCCUCGACAGCAAGGCAAGAGCAUUCAAGAGCUCCAAACCGAGCUUUGCAGCCUGAGCAUCGGGACCAUCAAGCAAGCCAUUGAUUAUCUGACCGUCGAGGGCCACAUCUACCCCACUGUGGAUGGGGAGCAUUUUAAGUCCGCGGAUUGAAGCGGCGAAAAGAUUUUUCAUUUUCUGAAGACCCUCGCCUCCAGCUGUGAGUUUGACCUGUUGACUUUUAGGAAGUAGAUUUUUUCAGCAAAAGAUCUCAACUGGCAUUCUUUGGAACAUCACUGCUUUUCCAACUGCUUUGAACUUUUCUGUUUUUCUAACAUAUUUGAAGCUCAGAGGG